UCCUACAAGUAUUUAUCAAUUUACUAGCUUUUUUUCGUUUUCGUUCUCGUCUUCGUCUUCGUCUCUCGUCUUUUAUGCUGCAGCUCGAGUUGGCAUAUCAACUAUCAGCAUCGAGACAAGAGUACAGCUACAGAUACAGAGAUACUCGAACACAUUAGAAGUACCUAUACGUACAACAUUACGCAGUGCACUAUUGUAAACGCAUUAUUCGCUCGUCGUAAAUCAUAGACACGCGUAUUAAGGCUGAUCGUGGUGGUGCUUAACGCUUGUGAUCGUCGUGCUCGUAAUUUCAAUCGUACAAUAAUUUAACGUCGCCGAAAGCUCUUUCGAAAUUCGUUCCCGUAUUCCGGUAUUCGUAGCAGCGCGUAAGACUUAAUUUUGGCAGAAAAAUAUGGACGAAACAGCGGUUACAACGGCGACAGCGACCACAAACACCGAUGCGAAAAAAAUAAAAGCCAACAACGUGAAAUUUGGUCCGAUCGAAAUAGAUUUCGUGCCAUUCGAUACGCCUUUGAAAGAACAUUUGCAAACGCUAUCGGUAGCUUUGAAUUUAACAUUGACGAUAUGCGGAACGACGAUCGCGCCGCUUCUCUUGCUUUACGUAUUUCUUUACACGCGUUUCUGGUGGUUGGUUCCUCUGUAUGCGGCGUGGGUGUAUUACGAUAGAGAAACCGGCUUCAAAGGUGGCAGAAAGUGGAAUUGGUGCCGACGUAGCGUGAUUUUCGACUACUUUCGCGACUAUUUCCCGUCAAAGUUGAUAAAAACGCAAGAUUUGGCGACCGAUACGAACUACCUGUUUGUGGUUUAUCCUCACGGAGUGCUAUCCUACAGUACGUUGGCUGUUUUCGGCUCCGAAGCGAAUCGUAUCGAAAGCGAAGCGUUUCCCGGCGUAGAUUUCAGAAUCGUAACGUUAGACAUAAAUUUCUACUGUCCCAUAACCAGAGAAUACUUCUUAUCGUUGGGAGCCAUCGGUGCGACAGAAUCCAGCAUCAGAUACGUACUGAGCUCAGAGCCGUCCAAAGCUGUAGUGUUGAUAGCCGGAGGUGCCGCCGAAGCGCAACUCGCCGCUCCCGGUAAUACAUAUCGCAUCGUCGCUGCCCGCAGAAAAGGCUUCGUUCGUUUAGCAUUGAAAACCGGCGCUUCGCUAGUUCCGGUAUUUUCGUUCGGAGAAAACAACAUCUACGCGCAGUACCAAUCGGAAUGGUUAACCAAAAUGCAGCUAAUGUUUAAAAAACUCACCGGCAUAUAUCCGGCAGUGCCCAGAGGCCGAGGACUUUUACAGUACACUUUCGGAAUAUUACCAAAUAGGCAUCCGAUCAAUACAGUCGUGGGCAAGCCGAUUGCGGUUCCCAAAAUGGAAGAUCCAUCGGUAAACGAUAUCGACCAGUACCACGCUAAAUUCAUUCAAGAAUUAAAAACGCUUUUCGAACAGCACAAGCACAAGUACGACGCGGCCGGCGCCAACGCCGAACUUGUCAUCGUUUAAACAGGAUGGACCAGCGACCAUUGAUCGUUACCAGGUGCAGCUAAAUAACCAACUACCACCGAGUAGGUAGAGGUACCUUACCAACGUAAUAACCGCGUCCGUUUCCUUUAUUAUUUCGUACACCUCUUCGUUCGCGUAAUGUACUGUCUUAGGUACUCGUAAUUAUUGCGUAUAAAAUUCGUAUUGGUAGACUGUGUUCGCUCGCAUUCGUAGUCAGAAUGUUACCUUAUGUAUUUAAAUUAAAAUUAAAUUUCAAUUUCGUAGAUUGUAUUCGAUUUAGAUGUAUGUAGAUGUACCUCAUUCACGUGUGUAUCUAUACGAGUAUGUACUAUCUAGGUCUAUCUAUGAACCUUCAACGUUUCUAUGCAAGGGCCGCCUUUUUUGUUCUAUCGUUAUUCAUUUUCGUUUGUUUAUUUAUUCCUGUUUUAUACUUUUUCAUAUUGUUGAUCUAAUUAUGCCUAUUACAUAGGUAGCGUUCGUAUUUUAAUCGUUAUCGUUAUUCGUGUACAUAAUGUGUAUUAAUCUUACCUAAUGGCAAUUAUUAAACGUAUUUUUCUUAAA